AAUCGCGUUUGUUUUCUUAAAUCUCUCACCAAACCAAACAAAGGCAGAAGCGAGAUCUCCUAGAAAGCGAGUUUCUCUUUUCUCUCUCUCUUUCAAUUUUCACAUAGUCAGCGAAAACAAACAAACUAUUGGAGAUUUGGAGCACGAAACACAACACAAGCAGCAGCCACCUCGUUUCAUUGUUUUGAAUUCAACUGAGAAAAACGACAACGAGGAUGUUUCAGGAGAGCAGCGUGACGCGGUGGCCGACUCAGUGGACUCGCUACCACGACAAGCUAUUCGAGCGGGCCCUUCUGGUCGUGCCGGAGGAUCUGCCGGACCGGUGGGAGAAGAUCGCCGACCAGGUUCCCGGCAAGUCGGCGGUGGAGGUAAGGGAACACUACGAGGCCCUCGUCCACGACGUCUUCGAGAUCGACUCCGGCCGAGUCGAGGUCCCGAGUUACGUCGAUGACUCGGUGGCGAUGCCGCUCAGUGGCGGUGCUGGAAUUUCUACGUGGGACAACGCUAAUCAGAUCUCAUUCGGUUCCAAGCUUAAACAACAAGGCGAGAACGAAAGGAAGAAGGGCACGCCUUGGACUGAAGAGGAACACAGGCUGUUUCUCAUUGGGCUUAGUAAGUUUGGGAAGGGAGAUUGGAGAAGCAUUUCAAGAAAUGUUGUUGUGACAAGAACACCAACUCAAGUAGCUAGCCAUGCCCAGAAAUACUUUCUUCGCCAGAAUUCGGUGAAGAAAGAGAGGAAGAGAUCAAGCAUUCAUGACAUAACGACUGUGGACAGUAACUCAGCGCCUAUGCCCAUUGAUCAGACUUGGGUUCCUCCUCCGGGUGGUUCAGUGCAGCAGUCACAGCAAUACCCAUCAAGCAACAUGCAUGAUCAAAUGGGUACAUUUGGGUAUUCAAACUAUGGCUUUGACAUGUAAAGAAUGCUAGAAGCCAUGUGUUCUGUAUAUAGUGCUGUAGCUUUGAUUCAUAAGGUUCCCCUCUUUGUAAAGUUUUAUGGUUUUGCUAGCUGACAAGGGUGAUUGGGAGUAUUGCUAGUUAUUGAAUUUUUAUCAGUGUAGGUUUCGUUUGAAUACCUUUGUGAAUCCUAUAAAUGAACCAUGAGGAUGAAAGGGUAGUGAAUACUAAUAGUGAACCUUUAGGAAUGAAUUCAACAGGAAUGGAAAUUCUUUGUAUGUGUCCAAUUCAAUUACUGCUUUGCAAUUCGGAUUUAAGUAUUGAAAUGAAACCAUAAAUAAACCUUGGCCAUUUGUUCAGUCAGUUUCACUUGA